AGUGUGAGUGACGUCACUGCGCGUGCAGGUCCGAGCGCGUGAAUGAUCCCGCCUCUCGCAGAGCUACAGUACAGUCGCGCCACACGUGAUUCCCUAAUCAAAAAUCCAGUAUGGCGGAAUCUGUCAGGCAGCGUUUCUGUCGCUUCUGCGCGUUCCGGAGGAAUUCAGAUGUCUGCCGCUGAUUCCGCGAGCCUCCUGCGUCUGCUGCGAUACGCAGCUUCCGUCAGUGAUGAUCGGACAGAUUCACCUUCACUGCAGCGAGCACAUCUGCUGGUUGAAACCGCUGCUUUCCUGGAAGUACAUCUGAAGAUUUGAAAACCUUUUUGGGACAGAUCGAUCGUCAGCUGCUCCAAAUAUCAUGACCUCCCAAAGUCAUUCAGACUCUCAGAUGGAUCAGACUGUGGAGCUUUUGAAGCCGUCGGCGUUUGACCACAUUCCCGCAGUGGAGUUGAGUUCGGCUCUGCCCGUACGAGUUCCUCCUGCCGCCAUCCCCAUGGACCUGCGCGUGGAAGCGUCGCCGGCGCUGGAUUCGACACGCCGUGAGCAGCAGCUGCAGCAGGAGCUUCUGGCGCUCAAACACAAGCAGCAGGUGCAGCGGCAGCUCCUCAUCGCUGAGUUCCAGCGGCAGCACGAACAGCUCUCACGCCAACAUGAGGCCCAGCUACAGGAGCACAUGAAGCAUCAACAAGAGCUUCUGGCCCUCAAGCAUCAGCAGGAGCUCCUGGAGCAUCAGAGGAAGAUGGAGCAGCACCGUCUGGAGCAGGAGCUGGAGAAACAGCAGCGCGAGCAGAAGCUUCAGCUCCUCAAGAACAAAGAGCGCGGGCAGGAGAGUGCAGUGGCCAGUACUGAGGUGAAGAUGCGCCUGCAGGAGUUCGUUCUGAAUAAAAAGAAAGCGCUCGCUCAGCGCAGUCUCAACCACUGCAUCUCCAACAACCCGCGCUACUGGAAAACUCAGCACAGUUCUUUAGAUCAGAGCUCCCCUCCUCAAACCACCGCUAGUAACUACAACCAUCCUGCCAUGGGCGUCUACGACUCCAAAGACUUUCCACUGCGCAAAACAGCGUCUGAGCCGAACCUGAAGCUGCGCUCUCGGCUGAAGCAGAAGGUGUCGGAGCGCAGGAGCAGCCCGUUACUGCGCCGCAAAGACAGUCCCAUCAGCACGCUCAAGAAACGCUCUCUGGACACGACAGAUUCGGCAUGUAGCAGCGCUCCUGCUUCAGGACCCAGUUCCCCAAACAACAGCUCUCACGCAAACCUGUGCGAGAACGGCAUCAGUGUGACCGAGUCGUCUCACAGGCCAUCUGCUCGUGAUUCGGUCAGUCAGCUGUCGCUCUACACGUCUCCUUCACUACCCAACAUCACCCUGGGUUUGCCCGCCAGCGCUACCAACAACGUGACGUCUACUCAGCCGGACAGCGAACGUUUGUCCGUGACUGGUUGUCCCAUAAGCACUCCGUUCAUGGCCGCCUCUCACCUUCCGUCAUUCCUUGGCAAUUCAGACACUGCAAACUCCCACAAUGCACUGCUGCAGCACAUGGUCCUUCUGGAGCAGUCAGCCCCACCAAGUCCUUUAGCCGCAGGUAUGGCGGCGGCUCCGCUGCAGUCCCCGUGCCUGCAGAAGCUGCGGCAGCACCGGCCGCUCGGACGCACGCAGUCGGCUCCUCUGCCUCAGAGCAGUCAGGCGCUCCAGCAGCUGGUCGUCCAACAGCAGCACCAGCAGUUCCUGGAGAAACACAAGCAGCACUUCCAGCAGCUUCACAUCAACAAGAUGUUGAGUAAACCGAGUGAUCGGCAGCACCAGAGUCACCCAGAAGAGACGGAGGAAGAGCUCCGAGAGCAGCAGGACGCCACACAGACGGAAACACUUCCCAUGAACGUCUCCAUUAAACAGGAACCUCCUGAUCUCACAGAGGAGCAGAGACAAGAGGAGACAGAGCUGCUCUUCAAACAGCAGGCCCUUCUAUUGGAGCAGCAGAGGAUCCAUCAGCUCAGAAACUACCAGGCAUCAAUGGAGGCGGCUGGUGCGUCAAUCAGUUUCCCGGGGCACCGCCCCCUCUCCAGAGCCCAAUCAUCUCCUGCGUCUGCCUCGUUCAUCAGCGCGCAGGAACAGCCUUCCAAAGCUCACUUUACCACAGGUCUGGUGUACGACUCUCUCAUGCAGAAGCACCAGUGCAUGUGUGGAAACACCAACACGCAUCCCGAACACGCUGGGCGCAUCCAGAGCAUCUGGUCUCGGCUGCAGGAGACGGGUCUGCGCAGCCAGUGUGAGUGUAUCCGUGGAAGAAAAGCCACAUUAGAGGAACUGCAGACGGUUCAUUCUGAAGCCCAUGUCAUGUUGUAUGGGACCAACCCACUACGGCAGAAACUGGACAGUUCGGUCAUAUCCAUGUUCGUCAGGUUGCCGUGUGGCGGUAUUGGGGUGGACAGCGACACUGUCUGGAAUGAAGUCCACUCGUCGAGUGCAGCGCGUCUGGCCGCCGGUUCUGUGGUCGAACUCGUCUUCAAAGUGGCAUCAGGAGAGCUGAAGAACGGCUUCGCUGUGGUUCGGCCUCCGGGACAUCACGCGGAGGAGAGCACGCCAAUGGGCUUCUGUUACUUUAACUCUGUUGCCAUAGCAGCAAAACUCCUACAGCAAAGACUCAAUGUCAGCAAAAUUCUGAUUGUUGAUUGGGACGUUCAUCACGGCAACGGGACUCAGCAAGCGUUCUACAACGAUCCCAGCGUUCUGUACAUUUCCCUUCAUCGAUACGACGAUGGCAAUUUCUUCCCAGGCAGCGGCGCUCCUGAAGAGGUGGGAAGUGGGCCGGGAGUCGGUUUCAAUGUCAAUGUGGCGUUUACUGGAGGUCUGGAACCACCGAUGGGCGACCCAGAAUAUCUCGCUGCCUUCAGGACGGUAGUUAUGCCGAUCGCUACCGAGUUUGCUCCAGAUGUGGUGCUGGUGUCGGCAGGGUUCGACGCUGUGGAGGGACAUCCGCCGCCGCUGGGAGGUUAUAAACUCACCUCCAAAUGUUUAGGUUACCUGACCAAGCAGCUGAUGGGAUUGGCUGGAGGUCGCGUGGUCCUGGCGCUGGAGGGAGGUCACGACCUCAGGGCCAUAUGUGACGCCUCAGAGGCCUGCGUCUCAGCGCUCCUGGGAAUAGAGCUAGAGCCGUUUCCAGCAGACGUCCUGAAGCAGAGACCCAAUGAGAACGCGGUCAGAUCCAUAGAGAAAGUCCUAGAAAGUCACAGUAAGUACUGGAGGUCCGUCCAGCAGCCCGUGUCCGGCGUCGGCCUGUCUCUGCUGGAAGCUCAGAGGGGCGAUUCUGAAGAGAAUGAGACGGUGACAGCAAUGGCUUCUUUAUCUGUGGCGGUCAUGGAGAAAAGAACGGAGGAUGAACCCAUGGAAGAGGAGCCGCCGAUGUAGGGGACGUGAGUUUACCAAACCUCCGAGCUCUUCUGGGUCUCGUGUGACGGAGGCUCUCGCCGAGGCCGGCGUCGAGCAGCAGGAGAGCAGAGAGAGUCGUCAGGGCGCAAAGGCUAACUCAUCGUGUUAGCGCUGUAGCCCGCUAGCACUGUGGCCCCAAUGCUACGCGUUCAAGCUGAAGUCACUUGAGAUGUUUGUUUUUGGAGAUUUCUGUCUUAUUGGCCCAAUAUGUCGCAGAUGUCGAGGGCCGUUUAAAUCAGCCAGCAGAUCAUUCUGACAGAAGGAUGGACGGAAAACAAGGAUCCAAGGAACCCACCACAGGCUCUGGAACACGCUGUUUGUUUAGCACUAAACGAGACGAACGUCACCACCACAAGCACUACAGUGAUUCACCACACGGUGGCGCCGUGACUCGUCUGUGCCACUUUACUGAAGCUUCUGUGAGAGGGAGUGCCUUUGUUGAGAUCGUGUGGAACUACGAAUGAAUUCUGAGAAACGUUGCCUUAAGUCAGUAAUGUAAUGAACACAUUAUCCACAAUUCCAGUGGGUUGAUGUUUGGAGGAGAGAACACCUUUUUCAGCAUGUUUACUUGGACAGCGGUGUUCACGCUUCAGUCCUAAACACUUUUUCUAGCAAUGACUCUUUGUUUGUUGUCCGAUGAUCUGUACAAACGCUGCUGUAAGUGACGCCCCAGAACUUCCUGUUUCUAGUGAUGCUUUAACGCCAGUGGCUCAAUGUCAGGCGACGGAGCUGCGUAUAAAGCAGCUGAAGGCAGGCGUUGUUUUUUCAGAGUGGUUUAUUGACCUGCAUGUGCAUUACAGGAAAAAGCUACAAAACAACUGGAAUGAAAUGGAGAACAGAAUUUCUGACCAAAGCAUGAGUUUGCAUCUUGUCUUGCACCUUUUUCUACACAGUCUUGAAAAGUGAGGUGUUCGACACAGAUUACAAGACCACAGUAUGUUAAAUGGUUUUGCCUCUGUGCUCAAACUCAUUCUACUGGAUUUACAUGGGGAACAAACAUCCAGACUAUAGACUAUCAUGUACCAAAUCAGCUUGUGUUCGUAACCUCUUCAGCUCUCCAAACAAACCGUUGCAACUUCGAUAAUGUUGGAAACCCCCAAGCAUGCGGUGGGAUUGGUACCUACAAGAUCAAUACAAUAUGCAUGUGAAAUGUUCAUUUUAUUUGCCUUCCAGAGCGUCGCUCUCAAACGAACCUUGAGCCGUGUCUCUCACAACAGUUUCACCUCCAAAAGAAUUGAGUUGGUUCGUCUUACUUGUCAACUGUUAAAACGCUAAUUUUUUUUUGUCAGUUACUGGUUAUUUUUUAGGUUUUAGAAAUUAAUUCCUUUCCUGUCAUUCCUGCUUUGUACAGUUUUUCUUUAUUCAGAAUAUUUGUAUUUUCACUUGAUUGAUGCUUGUUAUUGUUUGUGCUAGUGGAUUUUAGUUCCAUGCAUUACUUUUGGUACCAUGUACUUUGAGCUACAUGAUGAACACUUUUUAAGCGGUUCAUGGGUUUUCAUGCAUUAUCACAAAGACUGAUUGUGUACUUCUAUAUUCUGUUCAUAGUAGAUUUGUAUAUGAAAGGAAAUCUAAAUAUAUGAAUAUGAAGAACUGACAUUCACCUGUGUUUGUGUGCAUGGAUGUAAUAUUUUGUAAGCAGCACAUGUUGGUCUCAAAUAUACAAAACCUUGUUUUGUUUUUUUAGGAUGGUUUAAGAAUGUAUAACAGUCAGCGCUGUCAGUGGAACUAAUCUGGCAAACGCACUUGGUUGAUGGUCAGUGAUUCAUUCAUUCAUUGUUUUUUUGUUUGUUUUUGUUUUUUUUAGAUGAGACGGUAUGUCUAUGACAGUAAUUGAAAUAAUUAAAAAAGCAUUAAUUCAAAGAA